CUUACAUUUAUCCUUGAGCUGUAUCUCCUCCUUCAGAUCAAGUGGCAGGUAGCCUAUAGAUAACAGAGACUCUUAGCUAUCAUCCCCUCGUCAACUUUGUACUAUUCUCGCCGUGUUCACGCUGCAGACACGCGGCAACAGAGAACCACAGGAUCUGCAGAUCACGGCCAGUUCUGUUCGAGAUCAUGAGACUCUUCCUGGCAGCAGCGGUCGUGAUAGUAACGGCGGCAUGUGCGCUCCUUCCGGCGACAGCAGAGCCCACCUGUGAGAUAGGCAUAAGCGAAGUCCUUCGGGAGAUCAAGGAAGUCAUCUCAGCCGGAAACAGGCGGUGCAGAGAUGUCCCUCGAGGUGGAAUGUUUGGGGAGCACACGGAGCAAAUGUUGCAGGCCCUUCGGCAACAUGGGGAGGUGGUCGAGUCUCUGCAAACCCACACGGAUUCUCUGAACAAGGCGCUGGGGGCCGUGGCGGAGGUCCAGACCAGCCAGAAGUUCAUUGUGGCUUCCCUCCAAACUGAGAUGGAAACGGAGAGGCUGGCUAGGACCCACCAAAGGCGCACCAUAGAGGACCUGCAGAGCGAGCUCAACAGACUCAAGGAGGAGAGCAAGGUUUGGGUGGACCACCUUAAUUCACUGGAAUCGGACAUCAAGGAGGAAAUCAGGAAGACCGAGAGCAUGGCAGAGGAGAUGGCCGUGGAGAUCCGGUCUGCCAACGAGCGGGUGGCGAAUCUGGGGAAGGUGAUCCGACGCGUCCAGAGCAGCAUGCAGGCACUCGAGAGGGUAGUGAACCGCCACACAAAGGCGCUCGUCACCAUCAGGAAGUACAAGGGCCACGUUGAGGACUCCGAACCCGACGAGGUCACUGUCAGACCCCCCCAGCCUCUGUCAGAGAACUUCGACUGCCCUCACCCGUACACGAAGAUGGGCGCCGGCUGCUUCACCGUCCAUUCGGAUGUCCGGAAGACGUGGGAGGAAGCACGCGACGACUGCAAGAAUAUCGACGGAGAUCUGGCCAACCCUUUCGACCUGUAUGACCUGGCGCUCUUCCUAGACGAAACUUUCAGUGCCUCUGUACAUUCGAAUCCAGGCCGCUGGGGAUUCUGGAUAGGCGCCCAGCUGGACAACACAGACACGUGGAACUGGGUCACCGGCGUGCCUGUGUUGAUGCAGGUGGACUUCUGGGGCCGCGGAGAGCCUGGGGACGCCCUGGAGGAUGACGAGCGCUGCAUGUUCCUGCAUAGCCUGUGGAGGUUCCGUGCAGGCGCCGACAGCUGCUCCCAUAAGAAGUUCUUCGUUUGCGAAAAGAAACUCAAUUAAGAUGGACAAGAUCACUUCAAUGAACGGAUAAAUAUUGUCUUUAUGCCGUGGAUUCAUGGCUUUGGAAUAAAAGUAUUGCCAAUCUUUA